CAUUCAUACGUAGUGGAAGUGAAACCCCCCGAGUCACACAAAACCCCACACACAUACGGACAUCGAGCUAGAAAGAAAAGCAAAUAGAUAUAACUCCGAGAAUGUCAUCUUCGCCGUCCAUGGAGUCCUUGGUCAUUCAACUUCACGAGAUAUCUGCCGUCAAGUUCGGCAACUUCAAACUUAAGUCCGGCAUCUCCUCCCCGAUCUACAUCGACCUCCGCCUCAUCGUAUCCUACCCAACCCUCCUUUCCCAAAUCUCCCAAACCGUAAUCUCCUCCCUCCCUCCCUCCACCCACUACGAUGUCGUCUGCGGCGUCCCCUACACCGCCCUCCCCAUCGCCACCUGCGUCUCCGUAUCCCACAAUGUUCCCAUGCUCAUGCGCCGCAAGGAGGUUAAGGACUACGGCACCGCCAAGUCCAUCGAGGGCGUCUUCUCCAAGGACCAGACCUGCCUCAUCAUUGAGGACCUCGUCACCAGCGGCGCCUCCGUUCUCGAGACCGCCGAGCCCUUGCGCACUGCCGGACUUAAGGUCCAGGACGCCGUCGUUCUGAUCGACCGCGAGCAGGGGGGGAGGGAGAACCUCGAGGCGAAGGGGAUUAAGCUCCACGCGAUGAUCAAGCUGACGGAGAUGGUGAGGAUUCUGAGGGAGAAGGGGAAGGUGGAGGAGGAGAUGGAGAGCUUGGUGUUGAGAUUCUUGGAGGAGAAUAGGAUGGUGGCGGUGCCGAAGCCGAAGCCGGUCAGUGUUAAGGCUUUGGGGUUUGGAGAGAGGGUCAAGCUGACCAAGAAUCCCACGGGGAAGAGGCUGUUUGAAGUGAUGGUGGAGAAGGAGAGCAAUCUCUGUUUGGCUGCCGACGUUGGGACCGCCAAGGAGUUGCUGGACUUGGCCGAGAAGGUUGGCCAGGAGAUAUGCAUGUUGAAAACCCAUGUGGAUAUAUUGCCCGACUUCACACCAGAUUUUGGUUCUAAACUUCGCUCCAUUGCUGAUAAAUAUAAUUUCUUGAUCUUUGAAGACCGUAAGUUUGCAGACAUUGGUAACACAGUGACAAUGCAAUAUGAAGGAGGUAUCUUUCAUAUAUUGGAUUGGGCUGAUAUAGUCAAUGCCCACAUAAUUUCUGGUCCUGGAAUUGUUGAUGGACUGAAGUUGAAGGGUUUGCCUCGUGGUCGAGGCCUGUUGUUGCUUGCGGAAAUGAGCUCAGCUGGUAACCUCGCCAAGGGAGACUAUACAGCAGCAGCAAUAAAAAUUGCGGAGGAUCACUCUGAUUUUGUGGUUGGCUUCAUCUCGGUUAACCCAGCAUCAUGGCCAGGGGCACCUAUAAAUCCAGCAUUCAUUCAGGCCACACCUGGAGUCCAAAUGGUAACAGGUGGUGAUGCACUUGGCCAGCAAUACAACACUCCAUAUUCUGUCAUAUAUGAUAGAGGUAGUGACAUAAUAAUUGUGGGCCGUGGAAUCAUAAAGGCAGCAAACCCAGCAGAGGCAGCCCGGGAAUACCGUCUACAGGGCUGGGAUGCAUACUUGGCCAAAUGCACCUAAGAUUCUAUAUAGGUCUGGUCCCCUGGUUUACUUCUGGUUGUAUCGUGUUUGAAUCAAUGGAUGAAUAAAAAUCAUACUCAAAUGAAAUCUUUGGGGGCAAUGCCACAUUUUUCUUCUGCUUGAUAUCAUGUUUGCAAGCCUUUUUGUACUUGCAAUCGUUGAAUCUCCGCUUGUCUGUAUUACUUAUAUAAACCAUGUUAGAGGUUUAAUGCGGUAUGAGAUUGGUAAACUUCUUCUGUAUCUGUGAAACUUGAAUGAGAAGAACAACAGUUUAAACUAAA